CACAAGCCGUGACGUGCUUUGAAGAUAAUGGCAACUUGCAGUGAAUAGGAGGGAGGAGGAGAUUAUCUCGGUGGCAGUACAGACUGGGAGGCUGGCUGCUGUAGGUUCUCCUGGCUAGGAAGGUGUGACAGCAGAGAGGACCUGGCUACAGAGGGGAAUCCUGGCUGUGCCUGCAGUGAUGUGUCUAUAGGAAUCCGUACACAGAGCUUGGACUGGGGGGGAAACAGGGGCUGGAGCUUCCCCACUCUUUAUCUAACAAGUUCAUGUUCACAAUGUGGCUGAGUUUAAAGCAAUGAUGGCUUCUUCCAGUAAGGUCUGCCAUCAUUCCAUGAUGACUGGAAAUUUGACUACUGGAGAAUUGGCUCUGGAGCCUUUAAUUACAUGCAAACUGUGUCUGUGUGAGCACUCUCUCGACAUGAUGACAACCCUUCAAGAAUGCAGCUGCAUUUUCUGCACCACGUGCCUCAAGCAGUAUGUGCAGUUGGCAGUUCGUGAAGGAUUUGGUUCCGCAAUCACUUGUCCAGACAUGGUCUGCCCAAACCAUGGUGUCCUUCAGGAAGCCGAGAUUGCUUGUUUGGUCUCCAUUGAUCAGCUACACUUAUAUCAAAGGCUAAAACUUGAAAAAGAAGUCCAUCUGGACCCUUGCAGAACAUGGUGCCCUGCCGCAGACUGCUAUACUGUAUGCCAGGUGAAAUCCAAAGACUCUGCUUUACCAGUGCCAGUUGACUGCACUGUUUGCCACCUACAAUUUUGUUCUGCCUGCAAAAGCACAUGGCAGCUUCAGCAUUUGUGUCAAAACAGUGAGCCAGUUGCUGGACCCCCUGAAAAAGAUGUCCUUAUCAAUGGAGAUGGAGAUGCUUGUAUCAAGCAGUGUCCUGUGUGUCAGAUCUACAUUGAGAGGAAUGAAGGCUGCGCCCAAAUGAUGUGCAAAAACUGCAAGCACACAUUCUGCUGGUACUGCUUGCAAAACCUUGAUAAUGAUAUUUUUCUGCGACAUUAUGACAAAGGUCCCUGUAGGAACAAGCUUGGACAUUCAAGAGCAUCUGUUAUGUGGAACAGAACACAGGUUGUGGGCAUCCUUGUUGGCUUGGGGAUCAUUGCUAUUGUGACAUCACCUUUGCUUCUUUUGGCAUCACCUUGCAUUAUCUGUUGCGUCUGCAAAUCAUGCAAAAGCAAGAAGAAGAAACAGAGCCCGUCCCCCACCACCUAGCAGUGUGUUCACGUGUCCAUGUGGAAGCACAACUGGGUAUAAAGCAUUGUGCACCACAUUCAUAUAGCCUUGAAAUUUUCUUUGACUCUUGACACGUCACUAUGGAAAGAAAUGGCCGGACCAUUGCAAAAUAUAUUUCGUAUAGGGAAUACUGGUACUUAAGAGUGAAAAAUAACCUAAACCCUUAUAGGUAAAUCUUUACCGCUAUGCCAUAUUUAAAGGAUCAGUAAUGCCUAAUUAUAAAUAGCUUUUAUAUGAUUUAGCACACUGAGAUAAGUUCAAAUAUGUAUGCAAAAUGUGUAACAUUUGUCUUGCAUGUUUUAUUGCUUCACAAAUUCAUAAACUUUAAAAAGAGACUGGAGGUGGGGGUGAUAGAAAGAGAGAACCACUGUAAGUGACUUAUGUGAUAUAAAAACUGUAUUGUAACUGGCU